UCUGAAUCCAUUCUUCCCUCCAUCGGCUACCAUGGUGCACCAUCACAUUCAGGAUAUGUCGACGGCGGCGUCGUUAGAACACCACUGGGGCUUUGAGGACAGGGCAUUGCCGUGUGUGAGCGACAAGGGCACCUGCGAAUAUCUGGAUGCUGUUUACUCCAUGAUCGACCUCACCAUGCUGUAUACGUGGAUAAUGUGGGCUGUUGUUGGCGGUGUGCUUCUGGUUAUGGCCCUUCUCCGCUAUAUGAAACCAAGCAGGAGCGGCAUGUCACAGAGCAGCGUAUACAGAGGGUACAGGGCCGUCGUUAUGGCGUUGAGGAGAUGGCUACUUCCAGAGACUCUCUUUAGCGUCUUUGGUCAUGUCUCGAGACUCCAGGUUGCCGUCUUGGCCUGUACUCUGGUGUACCUCCUCAUCUUCUCCCUGGUCGGCAUCACCUACCGCACCUGGGUUACUCCCAUCAAGGCAAGCCCGGGGUUGUCCAACACUCGCUCCGGCAUAGGCGGUUUCGCAGACCGCGUCGGUGCCUUUGCGUAUGCGCUCACGCCGCUCACCAUUGCCCUUUCUUGCCGCGAGAGCAUUCUUUCUCUCAUCACUGGUAUCCCAUACCACCAUUUCAACUUCCUGCACCGCUGGACCGGUCGCAUUAUAUUCGUUCAGUCGUUUUUGCACACGCUCAUGUGGACCAUUGUCGAGGGACGUCUGUACCAGCCACAGCCGACCAAAUACAAGGAAUUUAUGGAGCAGCCGUAUGCUAUUUUCGGGGUCGUGGCAAUGUUUUUCGUCACGUUUCUCUACGUCUUCAGCAUCAAGAGCGUCAUCCGGUGGACGGGGUACGAGUUCUUCAAGAAGACGCAUUACGUCGUCGCGCUGCUGUACAUGGGUGCGUGCUGGGGCCACUGGGACAAGCUCGCAUGCUGGAUGAUUGCCAGCAUCGGGCUGAUGUUUCUUGAUCUCGGCUGCCGCAUACUGCGCCUCUGCCUUAUCCACUUUGGCUACAAAGACGGCAACAAAGGUAAGGUCGUUUACUCACUCUCACCAUCCAACGCUAACACCGCUCCAGGCUUCGGCUUCCGCGCCGCUCAAUCCACGCUGCGUCUCUUUGAUGACGGCGACGCCACUGUCCUGCGCCUCGACUUCCAGCACAACCACGACGCCUGGCGCCCAGGCCAGCACUUCUUCCUCUGCUUCCCAGCCCUCAACCUCUGGCAAUCACACCCUUUCACACCAUCCUCACUACCAGCGCCCCACCCCGCCUCUCCCCACCACACGUACCUAAUCCGGGCCGAAAAAGGGGAGACACAGCGGCUCACCCAGCUCGCACGCACCCUCACCUCACCACCAUCCUCCUCCGCCUCCUCCGCAACAGAAGCCGGCGAAAAAGCCCCCACCACCACCACCACCCCCAUCAUCCUCACUGGGCCCUACGGCCCCCCCGUCUCCCCCGCCCACGACGAAAACAUCCUCGCCGUAGCCGGCGGCACAGGCAUAACCUUCGCGCUGCCGAUCGCGCUCAGCGCCCUCGCACACCCCGUUGCGGGGAGCACGCGCAAAAUCGACCUCGUGUGGGCCAUCCGCCGCGCCCAGAACGUCGCGUGGCUGGCGCCCGAGCUGGCCGAGCUGCGGGCGCGCAUGCUCGCGGGCCGGGCGCCGGGGCUGCGCGUCCGCGUGUUCGUUACGCGUGAAGAUGGCGCUGCGACGGCUGCUGCUGCUGCUGCUGCUGCUGCUGGUGUUGGUGUUGCGGGCCGCGACGCCAAGGCGCUGGAAGCGGGCGCGGAUGUGAUUGCUGAGACCGCGGUGGGCGGCAAGAUGCCCCGCAUUAGCGUGGACGAGGACGACGAGAGCGUUGCGGCGCUAUUGGCGCCGUUUAGGUCCGGGUCUGCGUCCGUUGGUGGAGAUGGUGGUGGUGACGGCGGCUUCGAGACGACGUUCCUGUGCGAUCACCAUCCGGGGGCGGGGGACGUGGUGGACGCGUUUGCGGAGCGGGUUGCUGGUGGUGGGGGCGCGUGCAGGGUUGUGGGGAGCGGACCCGCGGCUAUGGGGAGGGAUUUUCGGAGCGUGAUUGCGGAGAGGUGUCGGCCUGGACGGGUGUGGAGGGGUGGCGAGGACGCGGAUUGGGGGCUGGUUUGGGAUUUGAGGUAGGCUGUGUGUGUGUGUGUGUGUGUAUGAGGGGGAAGGCGAUGGGGGGAGGAGAGGGGAUACCCGGCGUAUGAUUUGGUUUUGGCUUUGGGUUCGGGUUUGGUCUGGUGAGUGGGGUGGGAUAGGGAAACAGAAAGCGAUGUAUGCAAAAGGGCAUGGUUGUAUGCUACUGCAGACAAGGCUUUUUAUGCAUAAUUAGAGCGACGCACAUAUAUGCAUGAUGAAUAGGAUAGUAUACGAU